AUGUUUCCACGGGGUAACCUGGCUGUCACUCCCUGGGUCCGGAGAAGCGUGAGCGCGCUGGUCUUAUUCCUCUCCCUCCCGCUGUGUCGCGCAGCUCAUUUGGAAGGCAAAACGGAGAAUCAGUUCAUCUGGAAGCCAGGCCCCUGGGGAAGGUGUACUGGAGCCUGCGGGCCUGCUGGAGUCCAGAGUCGCGCUGUGUGGUGUUUCCAUGUGGAAGGGUGGACAAGCCACCGGUCGAGCUGUGAUGAAAGCCACCAGCCCGCCCAGGAAAGAAGCUGUUUCCGAGUCUGCGACUGGCACCGUGACCUCUUCCAGUGGGAGGUGUCCGAGUGGCAGCGCUGCGGGCUGGCACCUUCCGCCCGUGGGGAGGGCACGCCGCGGGCUGCCCAGUGUGUGACCGCGCAGCACGGGCUGCAGCGCCGGACCGUGCGCUGCCUGCAGACCCUGAACAGAACUGUGGUUGCCGACGGAAUUUGUGACCACUUUGCCCACCAGCCUCCCACGGAGCAGGCCUGCCUCAUUCCGUGCCCCCGGGACUGUGUGGUUUCUGAGUUCUCCCCGUGGUCCCCGUGCGGCACGGGGUGCGGCCAGAAGCUGCAGCACAGGACUCGCGCGGUCCUCUCACCUCCGCUCUUCGGGGGCCUCCCGUGUCCGAACUUGACAGAGUCUAGGGCCUGCGAGACUCCCGUCUCCUGCCCGCGCGGGGAAGAAGACUACACUUUUCGGCUCAAGGUUGGCCCAUGGAGUCAAUGUAGCCUGCCUCUUUUUAAGGAAAUUAACCUAAGCGCAAGAACUGGUUUGGAUUUUCCCUCUGACUCAAAGGAUGCCUUUCGACAUCCAAGUUACAAACCCCAUCACCAUUCUAAGCCGUGGGACUUAGAGAUAGGUUAUCAGACCCGGCAAAUUUGGUGUGCCAGAAGUGAUGGGCGAAACGCUCUGUUAAGCCUGUGCAUGCAAGACUCCUUCCCUCUGACUGUUCAAUCCUGCCUCAUGCCAAAAGACUGUGAAACCACCGAGUGGUCCUCCUGGAGCCCUUGCUCUAAGACCUGUCAUUCUGGGAGUCUCUCUCCUGGCUUCAGGAGUAGGAGCCGCAAUGUGAAGCACCUUGCUAUUGGAGGUGGAAAGGAGUGCCCUGAACUUCUCGAGAAAGAGGCCUGCAUUGUCCAGGGAGAACUUUUGCAGCACUGUCCCAGGUAUUCCUGGAGGACCUCUGAAUGGAAGGAAUGCCAAGUCUCACUUCUCCUUGCGCAGCAAGACCCCCACUGGCAUGCAGCAGGACAUGUCUGCGGUGGUGGCAUCCAGACCAGGGACGUGUACUGUGCCCAGGAUGUGCCAGCCUCGUCUGCACAGAAGACCAAGGAAGUCUCUCGCCCUGUGGAGAAGUCAUUGUGCUUGGGACCUGCCCCUUUGGCCUCUCAGCUCUGCAACAUCCCCUGCUCUACUGACUGCCUCGUCUCUUCCUGGUCAGCCUGGGGCCCGUGCACCCACGAAAGCUGCAGAGACCCUCAGGGGAGGAAAGGAUUUAGAACAAGGCAACGCCAUGUCCUCAUGGAGCCCACAGGACCAGCUGGAUAUUGCCCUCAUUUGUUGGAAUCUGUUCCCUGUGAGGACCCCUUGUGCUAUCAAUGGCUGGUAUCUGAAGGGAUCUGUAUCCCUGAUCAUGGAAAAUGUGGACUGGGGCACCGUGUCCUGAAGGCCAUCUGUCGGGAUGACCAAGGAGGAGACGUAUCAGGGAGUCUUUGUCCAGCACCUCCUCCUCCGGAACAGAUGGCUUGUGAGAUCCCCUGCCACAUGGACUGUGUGGUCAGUGAGUGGACAAAGUGGACAGCCUGUUCCCAGUCCUGUACAAAUAAAAACUCAGAUGGAACACAGAGACGAUCGAGGAUCAUCUUGGCAUUGGCCGGAGAAGGUGGGAAACCAUGUCCUCCUAGUCAAGCCCUCCAAGAGCAGCGCUUGUGCAGUGGCCAUUCCUGUGUGCAGCUCUACUGGGAGACAUCACCGUGGGGCCCCUGUUUGGAAGGCACGUUGGUGCCCUCCCUUAAUGCGACCAUUGGCUGGAAUGGAGGAGCUACGUGUGGAGUGGGCUUUCAGACGCGGAGGGUCUUCUGUGUCAAGAGUCAUGUGGGACAAGUGAUGGCCAAAAGAUGUCCAGAUUCGACUCGGCCGGAAACGGCGCGCCCAUGUCUCCGCCCGUGCAAAAAACACUGCAUAGUGACACCUUUCAGUGAGUGGACCACCUGCCCGAGGUUCUGCCAAACAGGAAAUACCACAAUAAAACAGUCUCGAUACAGGAUUGUCAUCCAAGAAGCAGCCAAUGGAGGCCAAGAAUGCCCAGAUACCUUAUUUGAAGAGAGAGAAUGUGAAGAUAUUUCAAUCUGCCCAGUGUAUAGGUGGAAGCCACAGAAAUGGGGUCCUUGUGUGUUAGCACCAGAGUCUGUCAGGCAGGGACUAAUGGGCACGAGUGAAGCCUGUGGAAAGGGGCUACAAACGAGAGCUAUCUCUUGUGCUUCUGAUGACAACCAGUUGGCAGACAUGACAGAAUGCCUGAAGCAGAAGAGUGGCAUGCCGCCUCUUGUGCAAGAGUGCCAGGUCCCAUGUCGAGAUGACUGCACCUUCUCGCCCUGGUCCAAGUUCACGCCCUGCUCAGGGACCUGUGACACAACCCGCAGUAGGAGGCGGCAGCUCACAGGGAAAAGCAGGAAGAAGGAGAAAUGCCAGGACGCGGACACGUACCCACUAGUUGAAACGGAGCCAUGUCCCUGUGAUGUAUUUAUACCCCAACCGUUUGGAAACUGGUCAGCCUGCAUUCUUCCGGAAGGCAGAAAGGAGUCUCAUCGAGGAUUGCUGGUACAAGGGCACUCUAAGGAAUGUGGAGAAGGUGUGCGAUUUCGAGCGAUAGCCUGCUCUGAUAAAAAUGGAAGACCCGUGGACCUAGCCCGUUGUGGCAGCUCUGGUUAUAUUCAAGAACAGUGUGUUAUUCCCUGCCCAUUUGAUUGCAAGUUAAGUGACUGGUCCAGCUGGGGGUCUUGCAGCUCAUCUUGCGGCGUUGGAGUGAGAAUUCGAUCCAAGUGGUUACAAGAAAAACCUUACAAUGGGGGUCGCCCAUGUCCCAAACUGGAUCUCAAGAAUCAGGUGCAUGAGGCAGUCCCAUGCUACAAUGAGUGCAAUCAGUAUUCCUGGGUUGUAGAACACUGGUCUCCAUGUAAAAUCAACAAUGAGCUGAGGUCCUUGCGGUGUGGAGAGGGCAUGCGAUCCGGGACGGUCAGGUGUGCGAAUACUGCUGACAUGGAAGGUGGAACCGUGGACAAUAUCCUGUGCAGCCAGCAUGACAAACCCCCAGACACUCAAUCCUGCUCUCUGCUAUGCCCCAAUGAAUGUGUCAUGUCUAACUGGGGUCCAUGGAGCAAAUGCCCACAGUCAUGUGACCCUCACACAAUGCAGAGAAGAACCCGGCGUCUCCUGAGACCCGCUCUGAGUUCGAGGACCUGCCCUGAGGACUCGCAAGUGAGGCCCUGCCUUCUUAAUGAGAACUGCUUCCAGUUCCGGUACAACCUCACAGAGUGGAGCACAUGCCGGCUGAGUGAAAAUGCUACUUGUGGGCAAGGCGUCCGGACCCGCCUUCUGAGCUGUGUGCGCAGUGAUGGCAGGCCAGUCAGCAUGGACCACUGUGAGCAGCGUAACUUGGAGAAGCCCCUGAGGAUGAGCGUGAACUGCCUGGUGGAAUGUGUUGUCAACUGUCAGCUUUCGGAGUGGACAGCGUGGACAAGGUGUUCACAGACCUGUGGCAGUGGAGGUCAAAUGAGCAGGACCCGAUUUAUCAUUAUGCCAACCCAAGGAGAAGGCCGGCCAUGCCCCACAGAGCUUACUCAGCAGAAAGCCUGCCCGGCAACCCCCUGCUACAGCUGGGUCCUUGGGAACUGGUCUGCAUGUAAACUGGAGGGUGGAGACUGUGGGGAAGGAGUCCAGGUCCGGAGCCUCUCCUGUGUGGUCCACAGCGGUUCCAUCGCUCACACAGCUGUACCUGUAGAUGAUUCAUUGUGUGGAGAAUUGCCCUUUCCGGGCAGCAUCCUGAAGCAGCUGUGUUCUGUGCCUUGCCCAGGAGACUGCCAGCUCACACAGUGGUCAGACUGGAGCACGUGUGAAUUCACCUGCAUCGAAGGGAGAAGCUUUGAGUCUAUGGGCCACCAGUCUAGGUCACGGACAUUCAUCAUUCAAUCUUUUGAGAACCAAGACAGCUGCCCCCGACAGGUUUUGGAAACACGCCCCUGUACAGGGGGCAAGUGUUAUCACUACACAUGGAAAGUCAGCCUUUGGAACAAUAAUGAGCGGACCGUAUGGUGCCAGCGUUCCGAUGGCAUUAACGUCACAGGAGGCUGCUCCCCCCAGGCCCGCCCAGCUGCUGUUCGGCAGUGUAGCCCAGCCUGCAGAAAGCCUUUCUCCUACUGCACUCAGGGUGGAGUCUGUGGUUGUGAGAAAGGAUAUACCGAGAUAAUGAGAUCAAAUGGCUUCCUGGAUUACUGCAUGAAAGUACCUGGCUCAGAGGAUAAAAAAGCUGAUGUUAAAAACCUUUCUGGAAAAAAUAGACCCGUGAAUUCAAAAAUACAUGAUAUUUUUAAAGGAUGGUCUCUCCAACCCCUUGAACCAGAUGGCCGAGUAAAAAUGUGGGUUUAUGGCGUUUCUGGAGGUGGUUUUCUCAUCAUGAUUUUCCUAGUCUUUACUUCCUACCUGGUUUGCCUAAACAUGUAUUACCUUUAA